AAGAAUUUGACCUGUGAUCUCAUCAGACAGCGACAAACAUGGCCGCCUGUGGGCUUUUCCGCUCCCUGUCUUCCAACUUUUUCACAGUUUUGCCUUUACUUACCCGCUCGGCACCACUUUCUCCGCUGCGACUGACAACUAAACUUUAUUUUGGAAGAACAUUAGCCUCUUCUAGCCGAAUAACAGCAGCGCUUAAAUUCACAGACAAGCACGAAUGGAUUCGAGUAGAAGACGGAGGAAUUGGUACCGUCGGCAUCAGCCACUUCGCACAAGAGGCUCUGGGAGACGUAGUUUACUGUGGACUUCCAGAGGUUGGAACACAGCUGGCUCAGCAAGAUGAGUUUGGAGCUCUGGAAAGCGUGAAGGCAGCCAGUGAACUCUAUUCUCCUUUGACUGGAGAAGUCGUAGAGGUCAAUACAUUACUGGCAGACAAACCGGGUCUGGUCAACCAAUCUUGCUAUAAAGAUGGUUGGUUGAUGAAGAUGACCAUUGCCAACCCCGCAGAGCUUGAUACUCUAAUGGAUGAAGCAGCCUACGAGAGAUACAUCCGCUCCAUUGAGGACUAACCUAACACCUCCUAAUAAGUGCUAUGCUCCCUCUCUCCUUUUCAAACACUACUGGCAGGGAGAGCCUCAAGUUGUGCCUGUGUCAGUUUCAACAGUACGCUUCACAUCCACCAGAGGAGCUCAGAGCGCCAGAUUGUUGACCUGCCAGUGUUGUAGAGCUGUGAACAUUAGGGAUCCUUUAUCUACUGUUAAAGACUGACUCUAGGGGACCUGUCAGUCUGCACUGACUAAACAUUUAAUGUUGGGUUGUUGCAGCCUCAAAUCCUCAAACACAAGAGAUUGAGACUCACGAUCAAUAGAAGUUUCCAAACAUUUCAGUCAAAACUUGAAUUUCUGUUCUAUGACAUUGUUAGACUUAAAGCACUUUGGUCUAUGUGGUAAUAAUAAUGUUGGUCUACACUGCAUGUUUGACAAAAGCACUGUAGACUCAGGACCUGUAUAUUAGAAAAUAAAUAUUUCCUGAAA